AAACAGCUUGAACGUGCUCGAGCCUCGAGCGAACGACCGUUGAAUUUUACAAAUGUAACGUUACUCGGUAAAGUUUGUGUCCAACGGUUCAUUUUAGUGUCCCGAAGAACGUUUUUCCACGUUUACACAGUUCAAAGACGAUAUUUUUAACAUUAAAUUAACGUUACUGUGCUGGUCUGACGUAACGUAACGUUUACAGUAGUGGUUUCCGUUGUGUAAGCCAAACUUUAACUGAAAAUAAUAAGUGUGACGUUAUUUACUAUCAGUUUUAAAUCAAACGGGAGAAAGACAGAUUCCCCAUUGACUGUUUUCAGACGCUCAACAACAGAAUCAUGAAUUACGCUCGGUUUCUGACAGCAGUGAGUGCAGCCAGAAAGCCCUCCGCUAUCAGGAUGCUGACUGAGCUGCAGCAGCGGUCGCCCCCGUCCCUCAUCUCUCUGGCAGGAGGAGCGCCCAACCCCAACACCUUCCCCUUCCGCUCAGCGUCCAUCGAGGUGAAGAGCGGACAAACUGUCACUUUCGACGAGGCGAUGAUGAAGAGGGCUCUGCAGUACUCCGCCUCCAAUGGAAUCCCUGAGCUGCUGACGUGGAUGAAGAACCUGCAGAAGAGCCUCCACAACCCGCCGACCGCCGGCUACACCCCCGAGAACGGCCAGAUGGACAUGUGUGUGACCACGGGGAGCCAGGAGGGGCUCUGUAAGGUGUUUGAGAUGCUGGUCAACCCUGGAGACAACGUUCUGCUGGACGCGCCCACAUAUUCAGGAACGCUGGCGGCACUCCAGCCGCUCGGCUGUAACUUGAUCAACGUUCCCAGCGAUCAGCACGGUAUGAUACCUGCAGCCCUGAAGCAGGUUUUGUCUCGGUGGGACCCCUCAGAGGUCCACAAGCCCGGCAGCAGCGCUCCCAAGAUCCUCUACACCAUCCCCAAUGGAGGAAACCCCACCGGUGCCUCCAUGACGGCUGAGAGGAAGAAGGAAGUGUACGAGCUGGCCAGGCAGUACGACAUGCUCAUCAUCGAGGACGACCCGUACUAUUUCCUGCAGUUUGACAAGCCGUGGGCUCCCACGUUUCUCUCCAUGGAUGUUGACGGACGAAUCAUCAGGACAGACUCCUUCUCUAAGAUCCUGUCUUCAGGGUUGAGGUUAGGUUUCGUAACUGGUCCCAAACCACUCGUGGACAGGGUGGUGCUGCACAUCCAGGCCUCGACAAUGCACACUAGCACCUUCACACAGCUCAUGGUGUCUCAGUUGUUGCACAGCUGGGGCCAAGAGGGCUUCCUACACCACAUAGACGGGGUGAUUGAGUUUUACAGGAAACAACGAGAUGCCAUGAUCAGCUCUGCAGAUAAGUGGCUCAAAGAUUUAGCAGAGUGGCACUCUCCGUCAGCAGGCAUGUUCCUGUGGAUGAAACUAAAGGGCGUAGCCGAUACCCAGCAGCUCAUUAUGAAAAAGGCGUUGGAGAAAGAGGUGCUGCUGGUUCCCGGAGGCGUGUUCAUGAUCAACAGUAGUGACCCCUGUCCCUACGUCAGAGCGGCCUUCUCUCUCUCCACGCCAGAGCAGAUUGAUGAGGCUUUCAGAAGACUCUCUUCACUCAUUAAAGAGGCUUUGUGAUGAGAUCUAUUCAUCACUGAUGCUGUUUUUUUUUAUUUAUUGAUGAAGGCUUAGAGUUAUGCUGUAGUCAAGUUAUUCAGCAUUAUUACAAGCCCUCUGGAGCAAUGAAUUAGAUUUGUAGGAGGAAGAACACUAAUUACACUUUAUCAAACUACAUCAUUAGCUGCUCCAUCAGUGUACUGUACAGCGAGGAUGUCUGUAUUUUUCCAUGUACAAAAAAGUAAAUAACUUUUUAUCAA